ACGCACCGACAACCUCGACGACGCCGAAGAGCUCGCGCACGGCAACGAUGGCCUCCACGCUCCUUCGCCGCCAGCUGGCGCAGGUGGCCAAGCUGCCGCGCUCGGCCGCAUCGUCCUCCAUUCUGACCACCCGACACAUCUCGAACACUGCCGUCCUGCAGGCUCAGCCGCACGCCGACCCCUCUGUGUCCGAGACGAGAGGGGCCCGGACUGUUUUUGACACACAUACCGUGGAGGACUUGCAAGGCUUACCUGCUGCAGAUAUCCUGGCGGAGACGGGCACCAGGAAGGAUGCACAGAUGAGGCAUUUCACCGUGAACUUCGGACCGCAACAUCCUGCCGCUCACGGUGUGCUUCGCUUAAUCCUGGAGCUGAACGGAGAGGAGGUUUUGCGUUCGGAUCCCCAUGUUGGUCUCCUGCACAGAGGAACUGAAAAGCUAAUUGAAUACAAGACAUACACCCAAGCGUUGCCAUACUUCGAUCGUCUCGACUACGUCUCGAUGAUGACAAACGAACUCUGUUACUCGCUUGCGGUUGAGAAGCUGCUCAACAUCGAAGUCCCAGAGCGCGCGAAGUGGAUACGUACAUUGUUCGGCGAGAUUACCCGAGUUUUGAACCACCUGAUGGCCGUCCUGACGCACGCUAUGGAUGUCGGCGCCCUGACUCCCUUCCUAUGGGGUUUCGAGGAACGUGAAAAGCUGAUGGAGUUUUACGAGCGUGUCUCUGGCGCACGUCUUCACGCCGCAUAUGUCCGCCCGGGUGGUGUAGCGUUCGAUCUCCCUCACGGUCUUCUAAACGACAUCUACAUGUGGGCAACGCAGUUCAGUUCCCGUGUAGACGAGAUUGAGGAGGUCGUCACCGGCAACCGUAUCUGGAAGGAGCGGACAAUUGGCAUUGGGAAAGUCACUGCUAAGCAGGCUUUGGACUACAGCUUCAGUGGUGUCAUGCUGCGCGGUAGCGGUGUGCCCUGGGACAUCCGUAAGGUCGCGCCGUACGACAAGUACGACGAGGUCGAAUUCGACGUGCCCGUGGGGAAGAACGGGGAUUGCUACGAUCGGUACCUUUGCCGUGUGCAAGAAUUCCGGGAGUCACUGCGGAUCAUUGACCAGUGUCUCAACAAGAUGCCCACCGGUGCUGUCAAGGUCGAUGACUACAAGAUCGCCACGCCCCCGCGUGCAUCCAUGAAGGAGAGCAUGGAGUCGCUUAUUCACCACUUCAAGCUCUUCAGCGAGGGCUACUCCGUCCCGCCAGGUGAGACCUACUCCGCGAUCGAGGCGCCCAAGGGCGAGAUGGGUGUGUACCUCGUCUCCGACGGUUCAAACCGUCCAUAUCGCUGCAAGAUCCGCGCGCCUGGAUUCGCGCACUUGGCCGCUGCGGACAUGAUGAUGAGACAUGUAAGGAUUCUAUCUGCGCGAAGCCUGCGAAGGUCUAACUCUGUAACUCUGUUCUCUCCAACAGCACAUGCUUGCCGAUGUGGUGGCUAUCAUUGGUACAAUGGAUCUUGUGUUCGGGUGCGUCUGCUUAUCCUCUAAAGCGAAAUCUUCUCAGCCCGAACUGACCAAUGAAAUGUCAUCCAUUGCAGAGAGGUCGAUCGGUAGGGUAGCGUAUCAUCAAAUAUCAUUUGUUUUAGAUGACAGCCAC